GCGCCGCAGCGGAACUUUUCGUGGCGAAAAUAUACGAAAAUAACCGACUAACCUUUUGUUUGUACAGAUGAUACGAUUUAUAUACACAAUGUACAGUGAUCGUUGCUAUUUUUGUGUGUUCCGUUUGACUACACAGGCGAUUUUAUGUCUGUUUACCCUUUCAAAAGAAAUGACCUGGCCCACACCAGACCACCACGGAAAAUGGCGACUGUGAAAUGGAUGGAAGACGAAAGUAAGAAAUAAUUCAAUGCAGCGUAUAAAGUGCGCCCUGUUUACAUCUACACCGCUCAGAGGUCACGGCAGCAGAAAUGUCAUGUCUGACAGGUGUUGAUGAAGAUGAAAAAGAUGCAGAUCCUGAGAUGAAUGCACUCACACUCCUUCAAGAGCCAGUGAGAAUGGCACAGGAGUCAAUCUCUUAUAUCGAUUCUUUUAGCAAGGCUUCUCCUCUGAAACAAAACAACAUUGUCCUUGAUGUUCUGUCAAACACGGAUAUGUUGUCCCCAGUUGGCUUAGGAAAUGGACCUUCUUCACAUCGGGCUACACAGGCCCAUGAUCUCAAUAGCUUCUCCACAGACAAAGAGGAGGAAAAGAGCAUCACCCCACUGAAAACAGUGCAGGAAAUUGACACAGCAGGAAUAUGGGAUUUUGAUGUGGAGUCACCAGAGAACUCUUUGGAUAAUUUCAACAAUAGCAGUGACCUUCACUGGGACCCUCACAAAGAGUUUAUGCAGUUUCUGUGGGAGAACCAUGAUGAUUCCCCUGGUGAGGAGCCACGAGAGGAGGUCCCUCCUCCCAACAGCCAAAGGAGGAGGAAGCGGAAAAUGGACAUGGUGGUUAUGGUGGACCCCUCGGAAGACCUUUACCCUGAUCUGAGCCACAAGUCAUCUGAGGACUCAUCUGAUACUGAAGACCAAGUAGACUCCAUUCCUGUCAGCAAGGUACGAAAGCUGAGGAAGCAUUCCAAGUCACAGUCAUCACCAACAGGGAGGGUAUCAAAGUAUCCCAAUGGAACUGUCAAGGCUAUCAAGCAAAUUUUAUACAAUGCACCGGCAAGAAACUCGCACGAGAACAGUAUAGGUCACAGGCUUUCACCAUUGAAGGGGAGACUCUCAAUUAAUUCCUGUUCAGAGGAGAAGCCAUUAUGUUAUCCUUGUUCAAAAUGCAACCUCAUUUUCAAAAAAGAGCAACAUUUGCAAUGCCAUAUGAAGUCUCAUGUGGAUCCUCCCAAUAUGUCGCCAAAGCCUUUUAUAUGCCGGGAAUGCGGAGAGUCCUUCAAUCAGAGUGGCUCGCUUAUUCAGCACAUGUCCGUUCACCAGGAGAAGAAAGCGCGACCAAUGGAAGAAAUCAAAGGCAGGAAGGAUAUGAUGGAUGAGGCUGAAAAUGCUAAACUUUUUUGCCCUCAGUGCCCAUUUCGAACAAACUGCCCAAACACAUUUGUUCAACAUGCCAAGACGCAUCAGAAGGACAAGAAAUCCUUUAACUGUGAUAAAUGUAGCUUCAAGACUGCGGUUGCAAAUCAGCUUAGAAGACAUAACAUUAGGCAGCACACUGUUAUUCCAGUUACAAAGCAGUUCCACAAUGAUGAUGCUGUUGAGACUGAUGAGACUGAUGUUUUCUCCUGUAACAUUUGUUCCUAUAGAGCCUUUAGUAAAAACGUUUUUAAGAACCACCUUCAGCGUCGUCAUCAACAGACAUUUGAAGAAUAUCAAGCUGCACAGGAAAAUGAGAGAAACGCACAACCAGCUGGAGAACAGCAAGUACCUACCUGUAAAACUCUUGUAGAAGAUUCAGAAUUGACAUCUAAAAUCUCAAUAAAAAACCAGAUUUCUUCUAAAAGAGCUUAUUCACCAAGUGAUUCUAAUGACAUUUCAGAUUUAUUCAAAAAUAACAAGAUGAACAGAGGUCUCAAGACUCACCUAACAGAAUCAAAGCUCGAUAAAUCCAUUAAUGUACUCCUGUAUCGACAAAGACAUGGCAAGAAAACUGGAGAACAGAAGAAGGAAAGCAAUAAUUGCAGCACAUCUGUUCAGAAUUCUAAUGAUGACAAAAAUGACAAUGAUCAGUUGCCAGAAAUAUUGACUGUCAAGUUUGAAGAUACGAGUUCAUCCCCUAAUGGCCAUAGAGCAUCUUCAGUAUCCAGUCUUCAUUCAUAUUCAAGAUGCGAUGUCAGUGCAGCUGAAAAAGACCUCAACAGCAUUGAUGUACCCAAGUCAAUCUUGGAUCAGCCAAUGGUGAAAAAGAUGCCAUCUAAAAGAAAAAUGUCAACUCCAUAUCGCAACACCACUGAACAAGAUUCUUGUUUAAUCUUACCAAAACAUUUGCCAAGUCCAAAGAGACUAAACUUGGAAGAAAUGGGAGACUGUGAUGAAAAAGACAUUUUCCAGUUCAAGGACACAGAUGCCAACACUAACCUUUUUGACCAUGGUAUCAAGCAAGAAAAACCACACAUCAUUUACACCUAUAGCAGAAGAAUGUCAAUGAGGGGGGCUCUGCAGGCAUCUAGGAGGCUGUUUGACAAAAUUAAGACAGAAGAUGAUUCUUCUGACAGUCCGGUUAUCAAGGAAGAGUGCAUAGAAACCGAGGUUUUUACAGAAAGCUUUGACGCACAUUCAGCCCCAUUGGGAGAACCUUUCACAGAAGAUAUGUCAGUAUUAGAAUCAGACCACAAGAGCUGUCCAUAUUGUCCUGCAGUCUUCGAGUCUGGUGUUGGGUUGUCCAAUCACGUGCGGGGGCAUCUUCAUAGGGUUGGAUUGAGCUACAACGCACGCCAUAUAGUGCCUCCUGAACAGGUGGCCUCUCAAGACAAGAGGCCGCGAAUUCGUCGGAAGAUGUCAGCAAUCCGGCGAUUGAAAAAAGCAUUACAGUUGGAGUCGGACCCUGAGGUUCUGAAGAGUACCCACGCCUGUCCGUUAUGUGGGGACUCCUUUGAUAACAAAACUGGGCAGUCCAACCACAUACGAGGCCACCUGAAACGGCUUGGUAAAAGCAUUUCAACAAAGAACAAGUCCCCAUUAUGCUUACUCCGGGAGUUGAUGCGUGACAAGAAGGAGUUCCACAGGGCCCUUCAAAUUCUGGGAAAGAAACGAAACCAUUUCCAAUUUGGUGCUUCCACAAAGCUGUCCAACGUUGAUCGUUUAACAACACCAUCCACUGGAAUCUUCAAAAAUCAUUCUAUUUCAAGCAUCUACGGUGAUGCCAAACCACAGGUGCCCAAGUUUUCUUUAGCAGGAAUGGCAUCAGAGAAAAAGCAACUAGAGACUAAGUUGGAGGUCAAAGGUUCACUCUCAGGCACGAGUGCCUUGAUAGGAAUCCUAAAAAAGAGGAAGUGUCAGGAGGAUUCAAAAUUGAAGAGUUCUCAUAUAUCAAGAAGUGUGUUACCAGUUUCCUCAAACAGUGAGCACAGUGCUGGAUCAAAAGUUGCUUCUUCACUGCCAAACUCAAUAUCAGAGAGAGGUGAAUUCAACAGGAAGGUCUGUAUUCAUUGCAAUGCGACUUUCCACAGCGGGGUUAGCUUGUCCAACCACCUCCGGGCGUAUGCAAAACGAAAAAGGACUGCCUUACUUGAAGGAACCACAUAUGACUGUAAAGCAAGGAGGCAGCGCUCAAGGCCUGGCUCAAAGAAGAAGACACUGCCCAUACCACAAACUCCUGAGGAAAUGUACAGACUCACCUGCAGGUUCUGUGACCUAGUCUUCCAAGGUCCCUUGUCGGUCCAGGAGGACUGGAUUAAACAUUUACAGAGACACAUUAUGAACACUAGUGUCCCCCACACUGGGCUAGGCAUGGUAGAGGUCACCUCGCUGCCCAAAGACCCCCCCACCCACAAGACUGACCAAGACAGCUUUCUGACAGCAACACACGCUGCCUCAUGAAGCCAACGGGGACCUUUUUAGAAUUCACUAGACUGUGUAUGUGUAUGUACAUUGGAUGUUCUUUCACCUUUUUUUUUUUUUUUUUUUUUUUUUAAACAGUCAAUCAAAUAUCGGCCAAAAGUACAAUAUCGCUCAACAUUGGGACAGAUAUUUUACAUGUUUGGACGCUUGGACAGACAACAAACUAAUUAUUUUGGAUAUUGUUACUUAUUUCUGUUUUUACAUGGUCCAUUUUCUGGAAUUUCAUUCCGAAUGGACAGACUGUUUUCUUGUUUUAUGCAGUAACGUAGUGUGGAACCCAUUUCUAAUGAAGACAACUUUUACCUCAGAUUUCUCAUGGUUUAAGUCCAUUUUUGUCCAAUUUGGGAGCACCUCUCUUCUGUAUCAAUAUUCACAUUUAUAAUAUACAUAGGAUCAUGAUGAGUUUCUUUUUGUAUUGCAACAUGUUCAAAUCAAGACCACAGUCUCUGUUUUCAGGGCAUAGUUACUGAUAGAUAUAUAAACUGAAAGUGAUGGCACCUGAAAGCUAUUAAGUAUAAGAUUGACAAGUGUGGAGAAGAUUAAUUAUAAACAAACAGAAGGAGUAAUGAUGUAUGCAAAGCUGUUAUGCAUAGGAACUGUUUUAUAGUAUUGCAGUAACUGCAUUGUUUUCUAAUACAAACUUCUGAACUGAAGGUGGGUUAAAAAAGAAAAAAAAAACCUUGAGCAGCCACUGUGCUGAAUAUGCCCUUCAUAAAUGUCACCUAUAUUUAAUGUUUCCAACAACUGUUGCAAAAAAUAUGCUGUUUUGAAAUAAUUUAAUUUUAAAUGUACUAUAUCACACAGAUACGAUGCUUAAAACAUUUUUGUGAUGUUCUAAAUAAAAAACAAAAGCUACGCAACAAGA